AUGCGCGUAUUGCCAUCUUCACUGUCAAUGCAGAACAUAGGCUAAAUGCCAGCCAUUCCUCGAUUCCUGUUUUCCGGCCCAAGCGAUAACUCGUUUAAGAUGUUUCCGUUAAGUACCCAGAAGAAGUAUUGGCUAUACAACGAUGAAAACGAUAUUGCCAUUUUGAGGAAAGAGGCUAAUGCCGAGUUUAUUGCUAAGCAUGGAGCUAAUAUGCCAGAGGACAAAAGAGAGAAGCACUUCCUUUCGGUGUCAGAGGAAAGGGUACUUCAAAGAUUUUACGAAUCACAACUUAAAGAAUUUUGCAAAAGGUUCAGUCCUCCGAUGCCCAAACCAACAAUCGCUACAGCACUGCACUAUUUUAAGAGAUUUUACUUGCGAAACAGUGUCAUGGAUUAUCAUCCCAAAGAAAUUCUUGUAACCUGUGUGUACUUAGCUUGCAAGGUUGAAGAAUUUAAUGUAUCAAUAAUUCAGUUUGUGGCUAAUAUUAUGGGAGAUAGGGAAAAAGCUUCUGACAUCAUACUUAACAAUGAACUUCUCUUGAUGCAACAACUAAACUACAAUUUAACUGUUCACAAUCCAUUCAGACCCGUUGAAGGACUUCUGAUCGAUAUAAAGACAAGGUUUCCAUGUCCUUCUAAUCCAGAAAAAUUAAGGCCGUACAUCGAUGAAUUUUUGGAAAAAGUUUUUCUAACCGACAGUGUCUUAUUAUACGCUCCCAGUCAAAUUGCAUUAGCGGCAAUGUUGCAUGCAGCCUCUAGUACAAAUGUCAAUCUAGAUUCCUAUGUCACAGAUGUAUUAUUUUCAGGAGAACAUCUUGUAGCAAUUAUUGAAGCUGUGAGAAAAAUACGAUCCAUAGCAAAAUGUGUUGAGUUGCCACCAAGAGAUCUUGUGAAAACAUUGGAAAAGAAAUUGGACAAAUGCAGAAAUCAAGAUAACAAUCCAGACAGUGAAGUUUACAAACAACGUAUGCAAGAAAUGUUUGAUGAAGAAGAUUUGAUAGAUGAUGAAAAGUAUGCUAAAAUAGUUCAAAACCAGGCUGAUCACGAUGAAAAAGUUUUAGGAGUUACCAAAGUAUCCCCGGGUACCACAUAGAGUAUAAAAUAUUCUAGUAUUUUUUACAUUAUAUAUUAUAUAAAAUAAUUCUUAAUAAGAUAUUGUCUUAUCUCUUA